AAACGGUUUAAUUACACCCGCCCCUCCACCUUUUUUUUUUUCACAUGUUUAGCCGCGUUUCCCUUUUUCCGGCCUCCUCGCGCCCAGAGUGCCUGUUAUUGGAGGCGUAACCGUCCCCCUCGCGCCCCCCCCUCCCAAGAGAGAGAGAGAGAGAGAGACAGCGGCCUAACCGUCGAUUCCGCCGCCGCCCUUUUCCGCUGCAACCCCGCCCCGCCCCUUUCGCCCGAGUGGUACCGUGGCCUUUGGCGCCGAGUCCCGGUCAGGGCGGCCGCCGCUAUGUCCGACAAGGAGUUCAUGUGGGCCCUCAAAAACGGCGACCUGGACGAGGUGAAAGACUACGUGGCUAAGGGUGAAGAUGUUAACCGAACAUUGGAAGGUGGGAGAAAACCUCUUCACUAUGCAGCAGAUUGUGGACAGCUUGAGAUUCUGGAGUUUCUUCUACUAAAGGGAGCUGAUAUUAAUGCUCCAGAUAAACACAGCAUCACUCCACUUCUUUCAGCAGUUUAUGAAGAUCACAUGUCCUGUGUGAAAUUACUUCUGUCAAAGGGUGCUGAUAAGACUGUGAAAGGGCCAGAUGGACUAACUGCCUUUGAAGCCACUGACAAUCAGGCAAUCAAAGCUCUUCUUCAGUGACUGAUGGACUGAGAUCUAAUGUCUCUCCUGUGGCCUCACACUGCUGCCUGUCUAUCACUCUUUGUAUCUUCCAGCUUCUUCAGCUAAAUAUUGGAGAGGGAGGAAAAAACACAGUAAAUCAGUCUAGUUAGGUACCUCUAUCAAAAAGAGAACAUGUUUGGAGAGUAGAAAUACAUAUAAUUGGUGUCUCUUUAGGACUUUUUACCCUGAACUAUUUUCCCCAUUUCUAGCAAAAGUAUACUUAUGCUGUGGAAGGGGAGAAGAAUGUGGUCUGUAAUGUAGCUUGUAAAUGACUUGCUGAAAGUUUGUAAAAUGGAAACUCUGUUCUUUAUUUUCUAAUAUGUAAAAGCAAUUAGCAGCCCAGCACUGUUGUACCGACACUUAACAAGCAAGGCAAUGGGAUAGCUUUUCUGUAGUUCUGUCCCUGUGCCUUAAAUAGAUUAUGUAAUGCUGAAGGGUUUUGCUGAUAAUGUCCCAGUAUUUAAUAAUUUAAUGCCAUUAUUAACAAGGAACAAAUAAUACAAGCAGGGCAAAUCUCCAGCAGAGGUGCUGAAAGAAUGAUUAAAAUCAUGGGUUUUCUACCUUCCAAGAUGCAAACCAAUUACUUCUGGAAUAGAGCUUUUGAAAAACUUCUAAUUAGAAUGCCCUUCCCUAGAACAUUGUAAAAUACAUUGGAACUAAGUGACUGUUCCAGAACUGUUGGCACUAGAAAAUUGUAGCUUUGCCUUCACAGUUUAAAUUCAAAAUACCCUAAUAAAAUGACUCAAAUUAACUUUGUUUUAAAGAAGGAAGGAGCUUCUAUUCUCUUAGCAUCAUCCUUGCCACAUUAAUCUGGUUAAAUGCAUGUAUCUUUGAAAGGGGAUUUGAUUUACUAUUAAGCCAUUGCAUCAGACAAUGAUCAAAAGUAUAUACAAUAGUCCUGAACAAAUGACAGGUUGCAUCUACUGCCCAGUAACAGAUUAUGGUUUAUACAAGUAAUUUCAAAAGUCUUCAGUGCAGCGCUUUAAAAAUAUUCACAAGUAAGGAUUUGUAGUAUGCUAAUACCUUGAUUGGGAUGCUAGGUCAAAUAGCAUUUAGAUAUUCUUAUUGAAAAAAGUCAAUUCAUUUUCUAUCAUAAUAUUAAAAACCUCCCACUGAGAUAUUUAUUGGCUUUGAACAAGGUGUGCAGUGCAAUGUUGACUGUCAUCUAGGAAGUUCUGGUGUCUAGCACAUUUCAACAAAUGAAUGUAGCUUUUCAGUUUUAAAACAUUUAACAUUUACUAUUGUACCAUCCUCUCAUCAGAAAAAAAGAAAGUGGGGAAAUGGACUUGUUAAGCAAUGUUAAUAUUGCAUCUUAAAUUGUAUCUUAUUUGUCCCUUAUCACAGAUAUCACUUGUUAUACUCAGAUCGGUUAUCCAGCAUCCAUGGGGAAUAAACUUUAUUCUCCAAAGAUUGUUUUAAAAGUAGAUCUAUGUAAUAUAUUUUUGUAUUGGUGCAGAAAUGUGAUAUAAAAAUAAUAAACUUUGCAUGCACAGUCUACAUAAUCACAUUUUCACCUUUUUGUGCUAUGGUAAACUGAAAGAUAUUAAUCCAAUAAAUUGAAUUUCAGAUUAAUUUUAAAAUUAAACAUAUUUUGUCCUAAUCGGCAUGGCCUAGUUGACAUUUGCCCUGAAGGGAUAUGAAAUAUUAUCAUUCUAUUCUAGUGAAGCAUAAAUUAUGAUUAUCAUUUGUUCAAAUGUUUCUUCCGUUCUCUCUCUCUCUCUCUCUCUCUCUCUCUCUCUCUCUCUCUCUCUCCCCCCCCUCCUCCCUCUCUCUCCCCCUCCUCCCCUCUCUCCUUCAUCAGAUAUGAUGGAGCAUUUGUGCCUCUUCCUGCCCACUUUUUUUUGCUCUUUGCUCAUGUUUUCCUUGCACAUCUACAGGUAGAUUCCAAUGAAUAACACCUAUCUUAUACUUAUUUGUUUGGGGUUAUUAAAUAUAUAUUUGCCCUUUCUCUGCUAUUCAUUUAAGAAAUCAAGCUAAUUUUAGGGGUUUUUUUUCCUUUUAUUUGUACUAAGAUGUGGUUUAUAGUCUAAAAUUGUUGCCAGUAACUGAUGAUAUUAACUCUUGGUGAACACUCUUGAAGUAUCCCAUCCCAAUCCCCACUUAAGGGAAUCAUCGGCACUAGUUAGCAAUCUAGAAAUCAGUGCAGUAUCAGUCUCCUUCAUUUCUGAUUUCUGUUUAGGAUGAUUUGCCGGUUUAAAACUUUCUGCUCCUCUUUGUUAUAGGCAUUGCUUUCAUGACUUGGUUUUUGUUCUUCAGUACAGUACUAAGUAGAUGAAUUGAUCAAUAGAAGAAGCUGGUAAGAAUAGAAUGUCCUAGUUGAGCAAUUCCAGUGUUGCAUGCAGAAUCUUCAACUGAACAGUCUUAUAUUUUAUAAAUGGGGAAAACAAUCAUCUUUCUACUCCAGUGAUGGGGGAAAAAUAGUGCUUUGUGCAUUUUGAUAUUUGACUUUUUUUCCACAAUGUAACCAUUUUGAGAACAGUUUGAUUUAUCAUAAUCAUGGUUCAUAGACAUCAGACUGCUAAAUGAUACAGUGUUUGUGUUGCAGGAAUGAAUGGAAUAAACUUGAAUUGUGUUAUAGAAAAAUC